UUUACUAUAAGUCAUUUAAAUCAGAUGAUAUUUAGCAGGUGUAACCAGUUACUCUGUAGUCAUGAAACACAGGAAGUUAACCUGAUGUUAAGUUACAACCACUAAACAGGGAAGUUUAUUUGCAUUAGAGCUCAUUCACUUUGAAAACAUCCACCAAAGAACCUCAUUGCUGCUCUCUUUUUUAAAUUGGGCUUGUUUGGUGAUGGCAGCCCUGUCUGUGAAUAUUGCAACAGACAACAUGUUACUCCAUAUCCUCUUUCUUUCGGGUGCUUUGGCUACUUGUCCUCAAGAGUCAUUGCUCUUCAUUACUGUACCACAGAUGGAAGCUCUGAGUGGGUCUUGUUUACAAAUCCCAUGUAACUUCAGCGGUGAACCAGAACCACCGGUUAACAGCAAUUAUGUCGGACUCUGGACUAUAGAUGAUUCUAAUCAUAAACCAAACAUUGUGGUUUUCAGCAGUAAAAACACAGUUAACAUCUAUCCAAUGAAUAUUACUGGUAACCUGAGUGAGAAAGACUGCACCACUUUAUUUUCCAGUUUAAACAUAAAUUACACAAACACAUACUACUUCAGAAUUGAGACCAGCGGUACAUUCAGGGCAACAGCUGUUUGUGAUCCUCUUCAAAUAACAGUUACAGAUUCCCCCCCGAGCCCCAGAAUUGAGAUCUCAGGUGAUCUGAAGGAGAAGGAGUCUGUCACUAUAAGCUGCUCAGCUUCCACUCCCUGUCCACACUCCCCUCCUAAACUCACCUGGAAUCUCCAACAAGACCCUCCCAACAACAUAGAGGAGAACACAGAUCGGACCUUCACAACUAAAAUCCAGGAGACCAUCACUCUGUCAGACGCAAAUGAUGGAUUCACCAUCAGCUGUUCUGCCACAUAUCCUGUAAAUGAAGGAAGAGAAGUCAAGACAGCAGAGGAGAGAAAGACUCUCAGUGUUUCAUACCCUCCCAAAGAUGUUAUGGUGGUCAUCAGUCCCACUGAUCCAGUGUCAGUUGGCAGCGUGGUGAACCUGACUUGCUCCUGCAGAGGAAACCCUCCUGUCGUCAACUUUGUCUGGUUCAUGAUCAGUGACGGCAGACUGGAACUGAUCAAAGCUGAUACACAGGUUUAUGGCUUUAAAGUGACCAACAGUGAUCGAGGCAGAGUGUAUUAUUGUGGAUGCAGAAAUGAUCUGGACAUCCAACUAUCAACAGGAUGUCAGCUGAUAUUUGAAGGUGAACAGGUUGGUGUUGAAUUUAUAUUGAAGAUCCUGGCAGUCAUAAUGCUUGUCAGCACAUUGGUCAUCUUUGAGUGGUGAGACACACUUUUCUGUGAUAUGAUCAUUUGCAGGUACACACUAAUUGGUCUAAU